CGGGGAAGACCGGAAGCUCGCCCCGCCCCUCAUUGUGCGGCUCCUACUAAACGGAAGGGGCCGGGAGAGGCCGCGUUCAGUCGGCUCCCGGCAUCGGCUGCAGCGCUGCGUACCUCCGCUGAGGCCCCUUGCUCGCUCCAUCUCCUUUCCGGGAAUAUGGCUUCUGGCGUGGCUGUCUCCGAUGGCGUCAUCAAGGUGUUCAACGACAUGAAGGUACGCAAGUCCUCCACACCCGAGGAGGUGAAGAAGCGGAAGAAGGCCGUGCUCUUCUGCCUGAGCGAGGACAAGAAGAACAUCAUCCUGGAGGAGGGCAAGGAGAUCCUGGUGGGCGACGUGGGCCAGACCGUGGACGACCCCUACGCCACCUUUGUCAAGAUGCUGCCGGACAAGGACUGCCGCUACGCCCUCUACGACGCCACCUACGAGACCAAGGAGAGCAAGAAGGAGGACCUGGUUUUCAUUUUCUGGGCUCCCGAGUGUGCGCCCCUCAAGAGCAAAAUGAUCUACGCCAGCUCCAAGGACGCCAUCAAGAAGAAACUGACAGGGAUCAAGCACGAAUUACAAGCCAACUGCUACGAGGAGGUCAAGGACCGCUGCACCCUGGCCGAGAAGCUGGGCGGCAGUGCUGUCAUCUCCCUGGAGGGCAAGCCUUUGUGAGCCCUUCAGCCCCUGCCUGGACCAUCCGGCAGCCCCACACCUGCCCUGCCCCGUGGGGUUGCAGGCUGCCCCCUUCCUGCCAGACCGCAGGGGCUGGGGGGGAUCCCAGCAGGGGGAGGACACACCCCUUCACCCAGUUGCCAAACAGCCCCUCACCCCUGGCCCUCUCCCCCCCCCCCCCAGCCCUGACGGUUCUGGCCUUCCCAAACUGCUUUUUAUCUUCCAGUUCCUCUUUGGGUUGAAACUGACCAAGUUCCCCCAGGCCGCCUAGUUUGGGAAGGGGCCUGUGUUUUUUUUUUCUGUUUUUUUUUU